UGCUAGAGGCAACUAGUUUUGUUAGUUUUUUGUUUUUUUUUACCCACGUUAAUACAUACAUUUCCAUACCAAUCUCAAAAUUCGAAGUCUAGCUUAAGAUCUCAGUUACUCAACAUUAACAAUUUUUUCGAACACGUUGGUAAAUAAUAUUUCAUGACCUUAAAUAUAAGAAUUGCUGGUAAAAAUUUCAACUUACUUUAAAUUUGAAAUAACAACACUUACUUGCAGUUCGAUGUGAAAGGUGAACUUUCAGUUAAAUGGUGAAGUACUAGAGCAUUGAGCCUGUGCCCAAAUUUAAUCAAAUUUUCAGGAAAAAAAAGUGUGUGGAAAUAACCGGUUAAGGGGCAUUUAGGGACUUGCGCGGAAGAUCAUAACCUCUUCUACGAAAAUUUCUAAGCCGCAUAAGUUGUGGUUAUACGAUAUUUAAGUCUCCUAUAUUAUUUAAUAGCUCCACGAGUUAACGCAAUGUUAUCGAAUUUUUAACGCCCGUCUAUGGGUUGCACCACGCCAUCGCUGCAUUUUGAGAGUAAAUCCGUUAUUCCAACUGUCGCCCACGCUGUCGUCCACACCCAAGGCCAAGGAGAACCCGGAAGGCCGCCGCAUGCGGCAACGAACCGCCUCCGCCGGCGAUAGAUCGGGUUCGUCGGGAUACGGAGGCAGCAGCGACGGAAACGGACCGGAACAAAUAUACUCGGAUCGUCUAAAACUAGUCGAAGAAACUGGAACAGUCGUCGAGCAAAAUCCCACGUUCGUCAAAUCCAUAAAAGUCGCGGGUCAAGGCGUCGGCGUCGCCCCGGCGAAGGCGUCUUCGGCGUCGAUACCGAACUCAUCAUCGUCCAGCGGCGGCGGAACGUUGUCCACCAUACCGGAAGGGAGGGUCGAUCUUCCUGUGCCGCAGCCCAUUUGGCCGAUGGAUCGCCGGUACGAUUCCCUGGUCGAUGACGCAUUGUUGUUAUAUACGAGCCUCAAUUACGUACCGGAAAUUAAGUCGACGCGUCCGGACGCACGUCGCUCACUAGAUUUGUCCGUAAAGGACUUGUUGGUGGAUCUAUUGGCGAGCAUCAACCGCACGUUGGACGGGAAAAUGGGCAGCCCGGAAGACAUGCUCCGGACGAUUAACGAGGAAAUCACGCUAAAAUUGGACGCGUUGCGAAAUACGACGGAGGAAGAGAUGAGGAGGCUGUGCGUCAACUUGAGCAACAGCAAACGGGUCAGCUCGGUAAUGAGGGCGUUCAGUCAGUCAUCUUCCAGCGGACGUUCGUCAUCGAGUUGCCGCGACGACGACAUCUACCGGGUUCCCUCCAACUCGUCCAGUAGCGGCUUCAGCGACUCGCCGACCUUGAACCGACGCCCGUCCGACGCUCUGUUGCCCGCGGCGCCAGUUUUCCUUCACGACGACGUCGCGGGGUUGUCCAGGGGUAUGCGCAACGCUCUCAUCUACGGUACCCUGUGUCGUCACAAACUCACGAAAGAGAGUAGAACGAUCGGUGACAGUGUUUUUCUCAAAGACUUCAAGUGCGACAAACAGGUGGUGGUUCCGGUGGAAAAAAAUGCAGUCGGCACGUCGCUGGUGGCCGACGCCGAGGAUAAGCCGAGCGUCUGGGCCUUGUAUUAUGGGAUGAGGGCCGAAGGUGCGGAACAGUACCUCACGGGAAAGCCCACGGAUGUUCCAAUAUACCCCGGAGGCAGACCUGAGGCCGACUUCACCCUCGAUUUGCCUCGCUCCGAGUUGCUGUCCAAACGGAUGAAAGCGGAUAAGAAAUGGCGAUGCAGAUGCCGGCUGCUCACCUCUUUUCUGGGUUUCGUGUUUUUUCUACUGUCUGUGAUGGCCGUCAGCUUAAUUUUGACCAGGGGGCGACGCAUGUUCGGCUCGAUGGUCUAAACCGUCAUUCAGAUUGUCUUUGUAGGUGCUCGAGAAUGAGAUCCGUCAAUAUACAGGGUAGCCACGUUUUCAAUGGGAUUGUAUGGGUAACCAUUAAAUAUUAAUUGUGGUUAAAUGGGAUAAAAGUGGAAGCUACCAAAAUUUAAUGAGGGGAGGCGGACCGAGAAAUAUUUAAAAAAAUAAUAUUGUUCCUAUUUUAUUGUCAUUGCGUUAUUAAAUUAUUGUUAAGUUAAUUUUUGUAUUUUUCCUAGACGCAUAUUUUUUUAGCGAUCAAAGUAAACUAUAUUAUAAGAGUAUGCGAAAAUCAAUUUGAAAACAUAAUAAAGUAAUUAACAAAGAUUAAUUGAUAUACUAUAGCAAUUUGUGACAUAGGCGCUAUAAAAUAUUGCCAUAACUCUAAGGAAAAAUAUAACGUGUGUCGUACAUUUGAAAAAGUUGCUAUAAGCUCUUAUUAAAAUACAUGUAAAAAUAGACAUGGUUUUUUCUUAGGAAAAUUUUAAUUUUAUAUCAGUGGCCCGCAAACGGAACAUCCAGUAUAAAAACUUCUGACAUUUUGCUUAAGGAUCGUUUUUUUUUUAAUUAACUUAUUCUGAAAAAUAAAUAUAAUUCGUAUGAAGAGUUUUCGAAAAUUUUCUAUCUCAAUACAAAAAAAACUUAUUUGCUCCAGUAACUAUUAAAUUAGUUCCGUUUCAUAUGAAGAAUUUAAAAUACGCUAUUUAAAAUUUGUUGACACUAGUAUUUUUACACCUUGUAGACAAAACAAGUGAAUUCCAAAGAAAUUCAUUUUGAACCCCCUACAACUUCUAUAUUACUGUUUUAUUUGUAGAAAAUUGGAGAUAAAGGUGCCAGAAACGACAUACUAAAAGUCAAAGAAUUUGUUUUUUUCUUAAUAUUUCUUAGUUUAUCUCUGAUAACUGAAUUUUGCGUGUAGUACAUAAAAAUAUAAAUACACAACUUUUAUCACAACAUAUAUUUAAUCAACCCUGUGUCUUUAAUGGUUUAAAAAUUACCCCCUAAAGUCCUACUGAAAAAGUGGUCACCAUAUAUGCCAUUCUCUUGUGAUUCGAAGGUUAUAAGGCGAUUUCUGGCGACGUAAAUUGUACAUAGUUAGUUAAGAUGGCUACCGACACCACAAACUUUCGUGAAAUCUAAGGUUUGAUUGAUAAUUAACCGAUACAAAUAACAGUUAUAAAAGGAAAACAAGUGCAAAUUAGACUUUUCUAUUUUGAAUUAGGUAUCUUUAUUUAAAAAAUCACGCUCAAAGUUCUAGUUCAAAUUUAAGCUGGUGGAGUAAAGAUAAUUUGCAUUAAUUACAUUAAAAAUGUUAAUGGAGAACAACUCAAAAUUUUCGAUUUUACGACUUUUAGUUAUCCUAUAGGAGCGGAAACUUUAUUUUAACUUGCUUGAACUUGCUGAACCUCGCCAGAAAUCAGCCCGUGGUAUUAUUAUUAGAUACUAUAGUGUUAAGAAAUAUUUAUUAUGUGAUGUAUGUGGUAUAUAUUAAAAAAAAAACGUCAA